AUGUCUGCCCCGCUUAGAGCUAAACCUUCAAAGAAAAACAUAUGUUUCAGUGUUUGCACAGUGUUUGUUGUUUGGUAUGACCUUUCAAGAAGAGAUAAUUGUUCGGGAACUGUGUUCAAAAGUGAAGUCCAAUGGGACAAAUGCAUCGAAUUUCAGAUAGGAAAUGCGUGGAAUGUUGCUCGUAAACCAUCUGCGACAGCUGGUUGCACGAAAAACCAAAUUGUGGUGGAACAUCGUGCAUCUUACAGAAAUACAAAUUGGUUUGUUAAAUUUGAUGAUUCUCAUGGAUUGACUAGAACUAAUUUUGCUAUUUAUCUCGGAUUCGGCUAUCCUCUACAUCUCAUCGAUGACCUAUUGACCUCGAAAAAGCUACCGUCUAUCCUGAACGGAUUUCUAAUAUUCCGAAUCACAAAGAUGAAUCCUCUAUUGUAUUUUCACUUGAGCAGCUGGUAA